UCUCGUUUCGCUUGCUCUCCUUCAUCCUCCCUUACUCUACAUCCUAUCAGUCAUGUACUCUUCUUUGUUGGAAGCCAAAGUUGUCAUUCUCGGCAGUCAAGGUGUCGGGAAGACCUCGCUUGUGGUGCGAUAUGUGCAAAAGACAUUCUCACUCAACUGUACAUCAACUAUUGGUGCUUCUUUCAUGACAAAGAAAUUGGUUGUGGAUAAUUGCAAAGUACGACUCCAAAUUUGGGAUACAGCUGGACAGGAACGGUUCCGAUCAAUGGCACCCAUGUAUUACCGUGGUGCCAAUGCAGCCAUCCUGGUUUACGACAUCACCUCAGAGGAAUCUUUCAGGGACAUGAAUUCAUGGGUGGAAGAACUUCGCAAAAAUAUGACUGGGGAUUUAAUUAUUCAUGUUGUCGGAAAUAAACUGGAUCUUGCAUCGUCAAGGAGAGCUAUUCCUCUUUCACGCACCGAGAAGUAUGUAGCAGAAACUCUUGGUCCAGAAUUUUCUGUGCAUGAAGUAUCAGCCAAGGAUGAUGAUGGAAUUGAAGAGUUGUUUCUACAGAUCACGCGAAAGCUGGUGGAGAGGAAGCAUGAGAUUGAAAGGAUUAAGCGGAUCAAUGCAGAGAACGCGAUCACAUUGCAGCAAUUGGAGGACGAGCGACUUCAGCAAGCUCAAACAUCCAAUAAUAGCAGUGUCUGUUGCGGGAUAUAGACAGAUGUAAACAUUAAUAUGGC